ACUCCCGUGGGAGGAGCCGCGGAGGGGCUGCCGCGCCUCGUCAGGGCGGACAAGCGAUCGCGCGCGCUGCGUAAUGAGUGGGGAGCCGGGUCCGCACGCCGCGUAGCUGAAGGCAGAGUCGGUGAAAGUGUACCCCACACAUACAAGCCAAGCUCCAGUGGAUGACCUGUCACCCGCUGAGCUGACCGGCGCUUGCCCCACACCUACUCGGUGUCAGGCUCUGGCAUCCCCUUCGUCCGUCUCCUUCGGUCCUGGCUGCCCUCCCCAUCCUGUAUCUCACACCCGAGCUUCGCGGCACCCGAGACAGCCGACAACUUUACUGAGCCGGUUCCGAGCCUCAACUCUAGGUCUGUGCCCGAGCUCAGGCUCCGGGUAACACCCCUAUGUCGGGACUAAUCCCGCUGGCCAAUCCGCGGCCCGAAUGCUGGUGGCCUGCCCUUCCCUUAUUUACAUUCCACAGAGCAGCUUCAUUUCUGGGUCUUCCGCGCCAGUCCCUUCUCCCGGAAGUUAUUAUACCCGAGGCGGAACCGGAAGCCCCUUUCAAGUGCGGGUGCCACGUCCGUCGCUGUGUUGCCGAGUCCCGGAGUGGGACCCUGGAGGGCACGAUGGCUGAUUGGACUCGCGCUCAGAGUUCUGGUGCUGUGGAGGAGAUUCUAGACCGAGAGAACAAGCGGAUGGCCGACAGCCUGGCUUCCAAGGUUACCAGGCUCAAAUCGCUGGCCUUAGACAUCGACAGGGACACGGAAGACCAGAACCGAUACCUGGACGGCAUGGACUCAGAUUUCACGAGUGUGACUGGCCUGCUCACGGGGAGUGUGAAGCGCUUUUCCACGAUGGCAAGGUCUGGGCGAGACAACCGGAAGCUUCUGUGUGGUAUGGCCGUGGCCUUAAUCGUGGCCUUCUUCAUCCUCUCCUACCUCUUGUCGAGGACAAGGACGUGAACCAAUGGAAGCCAAGGGCAGCCAGGCUCUCCUACCCUGGUGUCCUGAAAACCUGACGACGAAAUAGAUUCCCUUGAAAGUAUCAUCAUGGGUCAUUCAUCUUCCUAAGACGGGACGACUGCAGCUGCCUCUGUCAUAAUGAGCUCAUGCUGGCUUGUCCUGUGUAUGAAGGAGGAAGAAAAAAGGCAAAACCCAACCCUUCUCCCUGGUGCUGGAGACACUGUUAGAGCCAAAGCCAUGCUGUGUAAAAAUGAACCAGGUCUGAACAAAGCAUCUAUGAGUCCUGAAUGUGCCCACUGUGAUCAGCAGCCUCAGAAGCCAAUAUCUUAAGACUCUUCUGUUUUGCUCUAACCUGUCUAUGUCUGGUUUAGACCGUGUCUGUGUUCUUGAAGAGUCUGGAGCUGACAUCGGAAGGGGAUAUGUCCGUGAGCCCUCUUCAAAUGAAUGUUCGUCAGGAUGAAUUUUGCAGGAACUCCAGGCUGAGGCUGCUGAUCCGGAACAGACCUGUGCAGGUCAAGAGUCAAAGCCAUCCCCAUGAGUCGUCAGCUGAAGGCAGACUCCAGAGAAGAGGCAAAGGUGUGGAGAGAGGAGUGGACUGCAGCCCUUGUUAUCGGCUGUGGACCUUCUGGGCCACGAGACCAUGUGUCCAGGAGCAGAGAUGUAUGUCCUUGGGAUUGAGAAUCUUCUCAGUGCCAAAGAUGUCGCCAUCCCCAAGCAAACAGACUGAGAAAUAGCAUAGUGUGGAUUUUCAAAGUCCGGCAGUGCUGGAGUGGCCUUUCUGCCGGGGAUCCUUAUGAAGCUGAAGGCCACCUAUGGGAGAAUUUGUAGCAGGAACUUCUGACCUUGUACCAAACCUGUGCCCUAUCCUGUUCAGCCAGCCUCCCUUGGUGUGGGGAAGCUUGAGUCACCUCCUUGUUGCACAACUGCACAGACUUGUACCUCCCUCCUCCCCCAGUCCUCCCUUCCUCCUUGGUCAGUCCCAUUUGCACAUAGCCUGACCUGUGGAGCUGGCAGGGCCAACGGUUUAUGAGGGCCCAGCACUUUCUGUCUUCACAUAAAAUGUCUUUAAGGAAUGAA